GUUUGUUGACCCCCAACCACCGAGAACAUUCGGACGUCUUCGUGAAUUUUCUAGAAAAACAGGAAAAGGGUAUAUUAGCCAGCGAUCAUGGCUCACCGCAGCGAUUACACGGCGGAUGUAGCUAAUACUUUCAACGAAGGAAGAUUUCGUGUUCACAAUCCUACACCACAAAACCCAUUACCCGAAGGCUGGGAAAUGUUGCACGAUACGAAAAGCGGCUGGCCAUUUUUCAUUGACCAUAAUACGAAACGAACUACAUGGCAAGACCCGCGUCGGUCAAGACCAUCGAGUCGACCUGCAAAUGCUACGGGGGUUCCUUCUGCUCCAGUGUCUUCUUCCUAUUACACUUAUCUUGACAAUCCACAGACGAGGCAAUCACAUGGCGCAAGUGACAGAAUUGAACAAAUACAUAACCCGGACAAUACAAGUCAGCGUCAACCAACUGUAAGAAACAUACCCAUAGAAAUUGUUGAGCGUAAUCCAUCAGCGCAAACUAACAAGAAUCAUCAGUCACCAGCUGCACAGGUUACACAUAGAUCUGAGAGGAUUAUACCAAUUCAAGUCCAGGAACCUGCAGCAAGGCAGUCUUAUGAUUCACGACCUGAUGAAUUCCGCGCUGAACAGCGGCAGCAGCUGCAGCAGCAGCAGGAGUACCUAAAACAGCAACAACAGCAGCAGCACCAGGAAAAACUCUUGCAGCAACAACAUAUGAGACAGCAGCAAGAGGAACAACUCCUGCGGCAGCAACAGCAGCAGGAACACCUGCGACAGCAGCAGUAUCAGCAGCAGCAACAGGAACACCUGCGGCAGCAGCAAUAUCAGCAGCAACAGGAACACCUGCGGCAGCAGCAAUAUCAGCAGCAGCAGCAACAGGAACACCUGCGGCAACAGCAAUAUCAGCAGCAGCAACAGGAACAUCUACGACAGCAGCAACAUCAACAAUAUCAGCAGCAGCAACAAGAACAGGGUAAGGCAGCACGUUUUGAGGACAAUCAUGAAGAAUCAACGCCUACCUCCAAACAACCUACAUUGCCACAGCUAGUGGUGAUACAAAAAGUGUUGGAUGAUACAAGUACUCUUUUAGAUAGAGUUGAGAAUUUCAGUGGAAAGGAAAAAAAUAAAGAAUACCUAUACUUAGAAGAAUUUCUUACGCGAAACUUACUAAAACUUGAUAACAUUGAGUCAAACGGUAAUGAAGAGAUUAGAGUAUGCAGACGGAAUGGAGUUAGGAAUGUUCAACAGUGUCUAGAUAUACUGGAAAGUAAAUUGAAAAAAUAAAACAGUAAUGCAUAUUUAAAUGUACAACUAUGUAAAGUGUAAAUUAUGUGUCUUUAUAAGUAGAAUUUUAAAAAACUAUGUUUGCUAUCACACACCAUAGUAAUUUUACAUGCGGAUGAGUGACAGAAUAUAAAUUUAAGAGAAUUUCCAGUUCACUGUAGUAAACUUUAGCUGAAUUUUUUUUACUGAAAACAUCAGUUACAGUGCAUUGACAUUGUUGAGAUUUGUCAUGAGUUACAUGCAAAAUAAAGUAUGGAAAAUGGCUGUGAAUAAUUACAAAAAACAUACAGCAAAUAUGACUUAUUCAUGUUACUAAUUGUCAUUAAAGUUCUAAAACUUAAAAUGAUGACAAAAGACAUCAUAGUAAAUUAAAACUGUAAAGGCAUUAAUUCAGUGAAAAUGAGUUGUAAUUUUGCAUGUUCAUGUUCACUUAUCAGCGAAAUAAAAAAUUGU